AUGUCAGCCACGAAAACCACGGCCCCUGUCUGGUAUACGACGCUGAGCCAUCGCUGGAGUGCCAAUGAGCAGUUCAAGCUCCCCCACGCGACCACGGACUGCAGUCUUGAUGACGAUUCUCCGACAUAUAUCGUCCCUGACGUAGACGGGGCAGAAUCAAUUCGGGUCCGUCGACCGCCGCACAUGACACACGAUGCAGUCGGCAACGAUCGCUUUGACGAUCACGAUAAAAUCCUUGACAAGACGCAAAGCAAGAAGAACGCCUUCACUCUUCUUUCCAGGGGUUGGGUCCUUCAAGAACGCCUCCUCUCUCCACCUAUCAUGUACUUUCGUCAGGGCGAGCUCAAAUGGGAGUGUAACAAGGCAUGCGACUUUCUGUGCGGCGCCAUUCUCAGCACAAGCAACUUCAACCUUGUCCACCGUAGGUCUCUCCGUGCUGCUGCCGAAGGUGGCGAAGCCCUCGAGACGUCUCUCACUGUUCGCUGGAUUAGGGUCGCCGAGCGUUACUCGCGGUGUGCUUUGACUUCCGACUCGGGCCGCGUUGUUGCGCUGGCUGGCAUGGCGGCACAGGCGAUUACUGCUGUGGAAGCUGCGCCUAGGGCUCAGGGAACGGGCAAGAAGAAAAGCAAGAAGAAAUGCAAGUUAAGAUUGGGCAACACAACAAUCACAGGUCAUCGCUAUAUCGCUCGGGCAUGA